GGCGGCACCAGAUAAGUCGCGAGAAGAGGCUUAAAUCCUGUCGUUUGCGUUAAGGACCACCUUGGUUAACGAUGGUCCGUAGUGGAAAAAAUGGUGACCUUCAUCUGAAGCAGAUAGCAUAUUAUAAACGAACUGGUGAAUAUCAUCCAACUACACUACCAAGUGAGAGAAGUGGCAUAAGAAGAGCAGCCAAAAAAUUUGUCUUCAAAGAGAAAAAGCUAUUUUAUGUUGGAAAAGACAGACAACAAAAUCGUUUGGUAAUCGUUUCAGAAGAGGAAAAAAAGAAAGUCCUGAGAGAAUGCCAUGAAAAUGACACUGGGACCCAUCAUGGCAUAUCCAGAACCCUCACUUUAGUGGAAUCCAGCUAUUAUUGGACUUCUGUGACCAAUGAUGUCAAACAGUGGGUAUAUGCUUGUCAGCAUUGCCAACUUGCAAAAAAUGCCGUUAUUCUAGCACCUAAAAAGCACCUUAUUAAGGUGGAAAAUCCAUGGAGUAUAGUUACUGUUGAUCUGAUGGGACCUUUUCAUACAAGCAACAGAAGUCAUUUAUAUGCUAUAAUCAUGACAGAUUUGUUCACAAAAUGGGUUGUGAUUUUGCCUCUACAUGAUGUUUCAGCAUCUGAAAUUUCUAAAGCUAUUAUCAAUAUCUUCUUCUUAUAUGGACCUCCUCAGAAAAUAAUAAUGGACCAAAGAGAUGAAUUUAUUCAUCAGAUCAACUUAGAACUGUAUGAAUUGUUUGGUACAAAGCAAAUUGUAAUUUCUCAUGCCUCUCAAACUGUUGACCUCACUGAAAGUACACCUAGCACAAUCAAAACGUUUUUAUCCAAACACUGUGCUGACCACCCAAACAACUGGGAUGAUCAUCUAUCAGCUAUUUCAUUUGCCUUCAAUAUAACUCACUUGGACCCUACUAAAAAUACACCAUAUUUUCAAAUGUUUAAUCGAAAUCCUAAUAUGCCUGAGACUUCAGAUAGCCUUCAUGAAGUGGAUGAUGAUAAUGCAAGUAUGUUUGCUAAAAUUCUAGAUGCAAUUAAAGAAGCUGAUAAAAUAAUGGCAAAUAAGACAACUUCAUCAAGCCAGAUGAAGAACAACAAUUUUGAUGCAGUAAAUAAAAGCAAGAUCGAUGUUAAAAAGAAACCAAAGCAAUUAAAUCCAUUUCAUCUAAAAGUGGGUCAUGAAGUUUUAAGACAAAGGAAAAACUGGUGGAAGGAUGGUCGUUUCCAGUCUGAAUGGAUUGGCCCUUGUGUCAUAGACUAUAUUACAGAAAAGGGAUGUGCAGUCCUGAGAGACAACACUGGAACUAGGCUUAAAAGACCCAUCAAAAUGUCUCACCUUAAGCCCUAUGUAAGAGAACCCACUGAGCAAGACAGUGUUUAUCUCUUACAAGGUUCAGUAGUAGCAGAUCAUGAUUACAUCGGGUUGCCUGAAAUUCCAGUUGGAGCAUACCAAGCAAAUAUUCUGGUAGAAGAUGCAACUAUUGCUGUAGUUGAUAAUGAAUUACUGACAUCAACCAGGGAUCAUGAACUACUAGAAUAUAGAAAUGCCAAAAUCUCUCCAUUAAUAGAAGAUCAUGGUACUCUUGAAAAACAGACUUUCAGUUUAUUGGACUCUUCAAACCAAGUCCUUGAGUACUUAAGUUAG